CACUGCUUCUGCUUAGGUUUUCUAAUCAGUGGAGAAGCUGUGAGCAUUGGGUGGGAGGACAAGAACACCUAUUUGAUUCCUGAACAGACUCGAUUCUGCAGUGAGGUGCGACUUCCUCCAGAGUGGCAGUCAAGGUGUCAUCAUGGAGAUGAAAGGCUUCCUCUUCGGCUGUGUGACCGUGGCCCUACUGUUCGAGCUCUCCACUGCUGGUCUGGUUAAGAAGGUCAUCCGCCACCGUAGAGAGGCUCUGAUGCCUAAGAAAACCCAGGAGAAUCUCACCCUUCCCCAUCCCGACCAACCAGUGGUGUUCAACCACGUCUACAACAUCAAUGUCCCUUCCACCUCCCUCUGCUCCGUGGACCUCGACUCGCCUGGUGACACCGAGCUCAAACACAAGAGUGCCCCAAUGGACAUGCAGAACACAGAGCACAUGGAGCACACUGUGGAUGGCGACAAUCAGAUCAUUUUCACCCACCGCAUCAACAUCCCCAAGCAAGCAUGUGGCUGCAACAACCAGCUGCCAGACAUGAAGGAUAUCCUGAACAGGCUGGAGAUGCUGGAGUCAGAGUUGUCUAGUCUGAGAGAACAAUGCAGCAGUGGGUCAGGCUGCUGUGGAGCUCAGGUUACAGGUGAAGUUUCCACAAAACCCUACUGUAAUGGCCGCGGGAACUGGAGCACUGACACCUGCAGUUGUGUAUGUGAGUCUGGAUGGAAGGGCACUAACUGCACUGAACCUGACUGCCCCAAUGACUGCCAGGAUCAGGGCCGCUGUGUGGCUGGCAAAUGUGAAUGCUUUGAAGGCUUUGGUGGAGACGACUGCGGUAUUGAGCUCUGCCUGCUGGACUGUGGUGACUAUGGCCACUGUGUCGACGGGUCCUGUCUCUGUGAGGAGGGUUUCAUUGGUGAGGACUGCACACAGACCAACUGCCUCAACAACUGCCUGGGCCGUGGGCGCUGCGUAGAUGAUGAGUGUGUUUGCGAUGAGCCAUGGACGGGCUUCGACUGCUCUGAACUCAUCUGUCCAAAUGACUGCUAUGACCGAGGACACUGUAUCAACGGCACCUGCUACUGUGAAGAGGGCUACAGUGGAGAAGACUGCAGUGAAAUCACUUGCCCUGGAAACUGUAACAACCGGGGCAUGUGCAUGAGUGGCCAAUGUGUGUGCCAGACUGGCUACAUCGGAGAGGACUGCUCAAAGCUCACCUGUCCCAAAAACUGCAAUGAGAGAGGCCAUUGCUUCAACGGGAAGUGCAUCUGUGAUCCAGGAUUUGAGGGUGAAGAUUGCUCCAUCCUGUCAUGCCCUGACAACUGCAGUGACAGGGGCCAGUGUGUUAAUGGAGAAUGUAUAUGUGAAGUGGGAUACCAAGGUGAAGACUGUAGCGAGCUCUCCUGCCCUAAUAAUUGCCAAGAUCGUGGACACUGUGUUAACGGUCAAUGCAUGUGUAGCAAAGGCUAUGCUGGAGAGGACUGCAGCAUUAAGACCUGUCCAAAAGACUGCAUGGGACGUGGAGAGUGCAUGGACGGCAAGUGUGUGUGCUUCGUCGGCUUCACAGGGAAAGACUGCGGUGAGCUGACCUGCCCCAAUAACUGCCUGGACCAUGGUCACUGUGUGAAUGGACAAUGUGUUUGUCAUAAGGGUUUCACUGGUGAGGACUGCAGUGAGAAGACAUGUCCCAAGAACUGUCUUGACAGAGGUUACUGUGUCAAUGGAAACUGCGUGUGUUACCAAGGUUUCACCGGGCUGGACUGCUCCAUGCUGACUUGCCCAGAAGACUGUCAGAACCAGGGACAAUGUGAGAACGGAGUGUGUGUUUGUGAUGAAGGCUUCAUUGGGGAAGACUGCUCUGAGGUCUCACCACCUAGGGACCUAAGAGUAGUGGAGGUCACCCCAGAGACUGUGGACCUGUCCUGGGAGAAUGAGAUGCGUGUGACUGAGUACCUGAUCACCUAUGUGCCAACGGCCCCUGGAGGUCUGGAGUUGGACAUGCGGGUGCCUGGGGACCAGAAGAUGACCACUAUUCGGGAGCUUGAGCCUGGUGUGGAGUACCUAAUCAGUGUCUAUGCUCUGCUUAACAACAAGAAGAGUCUUCCUGUCAGUGCUAGAGUAGCCACACAUCUGCCUGAGCCUGAGGGACUUAAGUUCAAGUCAGUGCGGGAGACGUCAGUGGAGGUGCAGUGGGAUCCGUUGGACAUUCCCUUUGAUGGUUGGAACCUCAUCUUCAGAAACACAAAAGAGGAAGAUGGUGAGAUUCUUAAUUCCCUUGGUCGUCCAGAAACUACCUUUGAGCAGUCAGGCCUGGGUCCUGGCCAGGAGUAUGAGGUCAAGCUGGAGGUGGUGAAGAACAACAAGCGUGGACCACCUGCCUCCCAGAAUGUCAUAACAAUGAUUGAUGCCCCCAGCCAGAUAGAUGUGCGAGAUGUUACAGACACCACAGCCCUGGUGACGUGGUUCAAGCCCCUUGCUCAUGUGGAUGGGGUCAGUGUCUCCUAUGGGCCCAGGUCAAACCCAGCUGAUCACAACAUGGUAGAGCUUUCCUCCACUGACACCCAGUACCACCUGGUAGGCCUUGCCCCCGACACCCAGUACGAGGUGUCUCUGUUGGCCCGGAGGGGCGAAAGGGCCAGCAUUCCUGUCUAUGAGUCUUUCCACACAGACCUGGAUGCCCCCAGAGACCUGCAGACAGUGGAGCUGACUGAUGAGAGCAUCACGCUUGAGUGGAGGAAUAGCCAUGCUCCAGUCGACAACUACCGUAUCAAGUAUGGACCUCUGUCUGGAGGGGAGCACGGAGAGCUGCUCUUCCCCCCAGGACCCAAGGACAGCACCCAGGCGAAGAUCACAGGCCUGAGACCUGGCACAGAGUAUGGGAUGGGCGUGACCGCAGUGAAAGAUGAACGGGAGAGUCUGCCGACAACCACCAAUGCAGUAACUGCCCUGGAUUCUCCCAAGGACCUGACUGUUGCAGAGGUGACAGAGACCACCAUGAUGCUGGAGUGGAGACGGCCCCUGGCCAAACUGGAUUCCUUCAGACUUGUUUAUGUAUCUGUUGAUGGCCACAGGGCUGAGGAUGUGGUCCCAGGCAGCUCUGAGUCUCACGUCCUCAGGGGCCUCACACCCGGCAUGCUGUACACCAUCAGCGUCAUCGCCGAGAGGGGCCGCAGGACCAGUGCACCAACCACCAUCUCAGCACCCACAGAGGAAGAGAAGCCUGUCGUGACCAACAUCACUGUCAGCGAUGUGUGGUGGGACAGUUUCCUCCUGUCCUGGUCAGCUGAGGACGGGACAUUUGAUGCCUUUCUGAUUGAGGUUACCGAUGCAGAGACGGGUACAGAGUGGCAAAACCAUACAGCGUCCGCUGAUGCUCGCAGCGUUGCCAUCACUGGCCUCUCCUCCAGCACCUGGUACAGGGCCAAUCUGUACGGGGUAUACAGGGGGGCUCUCUUAGACCCUGUCUUUGCAGACACCAUUACAGAUCUUGGCUCACCCAAGGGCAUUCGCUUCUCUGAUGUCACCGACACAUCCGCAACUGUUCACUGGUCGGUUCCAAGAGCUCGGGUGGACAGCUACAAGAUCACUUGUGUGCCUGCUCAUGGAGGUAAUGCUAAGACGCUUAUGGUGAACGGCUCUGAGUCUCAGACUGUGCUGCCCAACCUGACCCCAGGGGUCACCUAUCAGGUCACCGUCGUCGCUAUCAAGGGUCAGAGUGAGAGUGAGCCUGGAUCAGACAGCAUUACCACAGCUCUGGAUAAGCCCCGCGGUCUGACUGCAGUCAACAUCACAGAUAGUGAAGCUCUGCUGCUCUGGCAACCCGCCAUUGCUACUGUUGAUGGUUACGUCAUUACCUACAGUGCAGACUCGGUGGCUCCGGUUAUGGAGCGUGUGUCAGGGAAUGUGGUGGAGUUUGAGAUGAGCUCUCUGACCCCAGCAACACACUAUACUGUGAAGGUCUAUGCUGUGAGGAACUUGUCCAAAAGUGCAGCCACCACAACUGAGUUGACAACUGAUGUGGACGCCCCUCAGGAUCUGGUAGCCAGUAACAUCCAGACAGAAAAUGGUAUGCUGACGUGGAAGCCACCUCGCGCUGACAUCACUGGGUACAUCCUCAGUUUUGAGUCUUCAGACGGCACUGUGCGUGAGGUGGUCCUAAGUCCCACUGCUGUCUCCUAUAACAUGGCUCAGCUCAGCGCCUCUACAGAGUAUUCAGUCAAGCUGCAGGCCAUUGCUGGUCCCAAGAGAAGCAGAGUCAUCACAACUGUCUUCACCACCACUGGUGUGCUGUACAGACACCCCAGGGACUGUUCCCAGGUGCUGCUGAAUGGCGAUACCUCACCUGACCUGUACACUAUCUAUCUGGGUGGAGAUGAGAGCCAGCCCCUCCAGGUCUACUGUGACAUGAGCACUGAUGGAGGUGGAUGGAUUGUGUUCCUCAGACGACAGAGUGGUAGACUGGAAUUUUUCCGCAACUGGAAGAAUUACACAGCUGGCUUUGGUGACAUGAAUGAUGAAUUCUGGCUGGGUCUUUCCAACUUACAUAAGAUCACAACUGGAGGUCAGUAUGAGCUGCGAGUCGACCUGAGAGAUAAGGGAGAAACAGCGUAUGCUCAGUAUGACAAGUUCUCUGUCUCUGAACCACGGACCCGCUACAAAGUCCAUGUAGGAGGAUACAGUGGAACUGCAGGCGACUCUAUGACCUACCACCAUGGCCGCCCAUUCUCCACUUACGAUCAUGACAAUGACAUUGCUGUCACCAACUGUGCCCUGUCCUACAAAGGAGCCUUCUGGUAUAAAAACUGCCACCGUGUCAACCUCAUGGGACGAUAUGGAGACAACAGUCACAGCAAGGGUGUGAACUGGUUUCACUGGAAAGGCCAUGAGCACUCAAUCGAGUUUGCUGAGAUGAAGAUCAGGCCAUCUAACUUCAGAAACCUGGAGGGAAGGAGAAAAAGAUCAUAAAUGAUCCAACAACAACAACAACAUCAACAACACUACUAUUACUCUGUCUGGACUCCCCAUUAAACCACCUCGACUCCCACACCCACACACUCUGCAGCGACCAAAGCCACUGCCAAGAGCCCUGCAGCCUUCACACAAAACCAACUCAUCUUCCCUCCCCCCAUUUGUUCACAAAUCAGCCUCGAUUUAAUAACCCCUCCCCCUGUGAUAUGGUUGUAGAAAUACUG